AUGUGGAGCUUCGCCCCUGGUGUGGAGCUUCCCUCUCCUGGUGUGAAUGAAACUACGGUAAGCGGCCUGGCCAUCACCACGGCGCCCCGGCCAUCACCACAGCGCCCCGGCCAUCACCACAGCGCCCUGGCCAUCACCACAGCGCCCCGGCCAUCACCACAGCGCCCCGGCCAUCACCACAGCGCCCUGGCCAUCAUCACAGCGCCCUGGCCAUCACCACAGCGCCCGGCCGUCACCACAGCGCCCCGGCCAUCACCACAGCGCCCCGGCCAUCACCACAGCGCCCCGGCCAUCACCACGGCGCCCCGGCCAUCACCACAGCGCCCCGGCCAUCACCACAGCGCCCUGGCCAUCACCACGGCGCCCCGGCCAUCACCACAGCGCCCCGGCCAUCACCACAGCGCCCUGGCCAUCACCACGGCGCCCCGGCCAUCACCACAGCGCCCCGGCCGUCACCACAGCGCCCUGGCCAUCACCACGGCGCCCCGGCCAUCACCACAGCGCCCCGGCCAUCACCACAGCGCCCCGGACAUCACCACAGCGCCCCGGCCAUCACCACAGCGCCCUGGCCAUCACAAUAUAAAACCCUCUUUCAAUAAAACACUUGAGAAUACGAGCUAUUGA